AUGAUAGGUGUGAGCUGCUUCAUCUGGACAUCUGUGGGCCCAUGGAAAACGAUUCGCUCGGUGUCCGAGAGUGAAGACUACGUCCGGAAGUACAUCACUGUGGUUCAGACGCAGUUCAGUAAGAAGGUCAAGUUUGUGCGACACGACGGAGCUUGCGAGCUCGCAACCAACUCGCUUCAAAUGUUCUACAAAGAUGAAGGCAUUGAACAGCAAACAACGGUGACAUGUGCGCAUCAAACCAACGGAACAGCAGAGUGUGCCAUUUGGACUAUCCUUACGAUCGGCCACAGCAUGCUUCAUCAUGCCCAACUAGACAAUUGUUUCUGGGCUGAAGCAGCGAUGACGGCCAUCUACGUCAAGAAUCGACUGCCGUCACCUAAAGUCGUGCACAAGACCCCGUUUGAAAUCGUCUACAACUCGAAACCAAGCGUCAAGCACAUGCGAACAUUCGGGUGUCAGACAUACAUACUGACGCCUAAAGAGAAUCGACUCAAGUGGGAUCCAAAGGCUCACACUGGCAUAUUCGUGGGCUACGAAGAAGUUUCGAAGGCAUAUCGUGUUUAUGACAUCGAGGCGGGACAGGUGGUUAUAAGUCGCGAUGUCAACUUCGACGAGUCCACCUUUGGACUUCCGUCGCCGAUCACUGAUGAAGAUGCCGAUGACCUGGACUUCGAGUUGCUUGACCUCAAUGAUGAAGAGCCGCGUCAGGUGGAGUACAAUCAAACAGGCAAGCGCAAAAACCGCCUCAGUGAUGAAGAUACAGCAGCUCCACGGCCACGUGCAGUGCGUCAACGACCUGGACUAGAAGAGUCAACCGCGCUAGAAAACAACUCGUCACGCCAAGAAGAAGACGAAGAAAGGAAGGAUUCUGAUGAUUCAACUCCGCCUGUGUUUUGGCAUGCGAGUGCGAAUGCCGUUGAAACAGCAGUGGACUUAUCAGAGCCCUACACAUUUGAGGCAGCAUCGGUGCGCCUUCGCGGUGUGUUUCGUGCAGCCAAGCUGCCCAACGGACAACGCGCCAUUGGCACAAAGUGGGUGUUUAAGAUCAAGCGCAAGGCGGAUGGGUCGAUCGAGAAGUACAAGGCACGGCUUGUGGCCAAGGGUUUCCGCCAAAAAUAUGGCAUCGACUACACGGAGACAUUUUCGUCCGUGGUCAAGUAUGUGACGCUGCGAAUGGAGAUCGCAAUUUCCAAUAACUUUGGAUGGCCCAUCGACCAGCUUGAUGUGAUGGCGGCUUUCCUGUAUGGCGUCAUGAAGGAACAAGUGUUCUGCGUGAUUCCUGAAGGCGUUGAACUUGAUACGUCGCGAGUGUGGAACGAGACGUUCGACGAGUUUGUGUGCUCCAUUGGAUUUCAAGUAUCGGACUUCGACCCAUGUCUCGAGAUCAAGACUUCGGUCGGCCAUUGUGUAUUUGUACUGGUCUACGUGGACGACGUCUUGGUGACUGGAAGCUCGCUCGAGCUAAUUACACGAACCAAGAACGACCUGAAGACACGUUUCGAGAUGACGGACAGCGGCAAAUGUGCAUUUGUUCUUGGGAUCGAGCUUUUGGACGGUGAAGAUGGCAGUGUGAAUAUGUGUCAGCGCCGUUAUGUAUGA